AUGAGUGAACAAGGACAACACACCGAAGCACAACAAAUUGAACAUCCAGUACGGCGAAGCCAACGGCUAAGAAAUCGACCCAAGAGACUAGUCGAAGAGAUGAUGACUUUGCCUCCAGAGUUUUCUACUUACUCGGUCUACUUUCAAGAAUGCUUCGAUUUUUUGAAUGACUACAAAUGGAUAUUUUCUACAUCCAAUACUCAAUAUCUGAAAGAAGAUGUCCUCGAGCAAUUCCCUGAUGAAUGGCAAGAAUACUUCAUCACAGUGGAAAAUGACGAACUCAACGCUUUUCCCGAUGGACUGAAUGAUCAGACUCUUCUGCCAAAAUCAUUGCAAGCAUUUCAACAAAAGUUGCAGUUACUCAAGCCGCGAAUAUCCUCCCCACGCUGCACUGAAACCAAAUUGAUGAAAGGGAUGAGUCCAAAGAAGUCUCACGAAAUCAUUCAAUUAGCCAAACUGAUUGAAGAAAAACUUAAAGACAAGGUCAACCUUCUCAUUGAUUUUGGAGCAGGUCUAGGGUAUCUAAGUGAAAUCCUAUUUAGAAAAAGUAGCUUCAACAUCUUAGGUUUGGAGUGUGAUGCUGAGCGUGUUGUCCUUGCGAGAAAACGCCAAAAGGAGUACUAUCCUGAGUCGACUUCUAAAGUAGUUUAUGAAGAAAUGAAUAUAAGGCCAGAUUCCGGAGAGCAGAUUGAAUUUCUAAGCAAAGAACAUUUUGCUGAUACAGGACAACAAGACUGCGGCAUUAUUGGACUCCAUGCCUGCGCUGAUCUCUCCAUAACAGCCAUAAAUUUAUUCUUUGAAUCGAAAACUAUCCAGGGACUCGUCAUAAUGCCCUGCUGCUACCAUAAAUUAGAGUUAUCGGAAGAGUCGGAAGCUGGUCGUAUUUUUAAAAAUUUUCCUCUCAGCAGAUGCCUCUCAGAGAUAGUGCUGAAAUCGGAAAAUAGUUUUCAAAUUUUGAAUCGUCCGUUUUUGAGGCUAGCCUGCCAGCAAACCGUGUCUCGCUGGAGAUGUAUGAAGGCGGAGAGCCAUAGGGAACACGGGAUAGAUAUGUUUCUUCGAGCAGCGGUUGAAUGCUUGAAGCUGGAUGAUGUGAUUAUAACAAAGCGUAAAGGAAAAAGGUUACUCGAACCAAAUAUCAGCUUCGAUUAUAUAUCUUCAAAUUACUUAUUAAAAUCGAAACUUACAAAUCAAUCCAUUGAUUGGUCUGAGGAUCAUCGUAGCACUAUCGAAGGAAUAUUCAAAAAGUACCCAAAUGGCUGGAAACUGAGUGAGGCACUAACUUGUCUUCAAACAGCAUUUCAGGGACUUUGUGAGAAUAUCGUACUCCUGGAUCGAGUUUGCUUCAUCCAAGAACGCGCCCAACAAAUGAACCUGGAAAUUUGCAUUGAAGUAAAGAAAAUUCUUGACGACCAGCUCUCACCCAGAUGUUUCGCAUUUAUAGCUGAAAAACGCAAAUAACACAAAAAGAUACCAAGUCAAUAAAAUAUUUUAAAAGCAA